UUUUUAUUUCAUUUUUUAAUCAAUAUUUACUGUAAAAUGAUUUUAAAUAUAAUUUUAAGUGUUAUUUGCGGAUUGAUUAUAAUUGGAUGUAUUUUUAUUUUCUUUCGCGUUAGCAAAAUUCGUGCCCAUUUAAACGAAAAGCGAUUAUCUCUUGGAAUCAAAUUUCCUUUCUAUUUAGCUAUCACUUAUUAUUUUCUCGCGAUUUUGAACGCUUGUUUGACAAAUCUCGAUACUUUAUGUAUUUUGUGUGGCAUCGAAUCAUAUUUCAUAGGCAAAAUUGUCGAUAUUUUUUUGACCAUGAAUUUAUUUCUUGGUACAAUACUUACAUUACAAACGUGGAUAAUUUUAAAAAAUAACUAUGAAAUAACUUAUGGUUUGGGGAAAAAAGACUAUAUACUUUGGCUUAUAAUAAUAAUCAUUAGCACUUUAUUAUUAAUUACAGGUUUAUUCAUAGACAUGAUUAUUUAUUUUGCGAUAUAUCUAGUUUUAAUUCCUAUUAGCUUCUAUUGUUUGUUAAUGAUUCAUAUGAAGUUGAAGUUGAGUAGUUUGGACAAAACGACUAAUUAUAAAUUUAACGUAUACGAUUUGAAGAAGCUUAGGUCUUAUAUUUUCUUAUUUGUUUGUCAAUGGGUAUUAAUAAUCACGUUCCGCUUUUCAUUAUCUUAUUCGUCCUAUCGAUCUUUGGUUUAUACCUUAUCAUACUUAAUUGGUGGAAUUUUCCACGUCAUUUUAUUUAUUAAAAAUGAGGGAUUUUUAUUUAAUCCGGACACAAUUGUACGGCAAGAAAAAGCGCAGCAAAUAAAUGACCCCGAAACUGGUAUAAUCUCACCUGUUGAGAAUGGACAAGAAUAUUCUCUUACUGAAACCGUUUCCGAAUAAUGAAUGAUAUUUGAACGAGAUUAUUAUAACUAUGGAACUAUUUAGGUUAUUUUAUAUACACAUUUUAUAAUAUAAUUUUAUUUGAUAUGAAGUAAAUCAUCCUAUUAAUCUAUAUUUUCGAAAGUUAAAUUCUUUCAUGGGGAUAUCGAUAUAUAUAACAAUUGUAAUAUUUCACAAUACGAUUUGGCUAAAUUUCGGAGAUACAUAAGAAAAUUUCCAGACCCCUUAAUUUAUAUAAUUAAUUACGUCACCAAUAACAAUAAUGCAACCUUAUUGUCACUAUUAUGAAAUUGGGCAAACUUUAUGGGCGGCUACACUUGGGAGCUUAAAAUGGUUAAUCCGGUAAUAAAUUGAUAAUAUUACGUCAUAGUUAAAAAUAUGCAAUGUAUUACACGUUUAACUUUU